CUUUGUUUGGUCACCAAAGGCAAUCUGUGCCCAUUGUUCUGUAUUGGCCCCCGACAAUGUGGCUGGGUAGGAUCCUGUGGCAUAUAAAGGUCAACCUCAUCCACCGACCCACACAAUGGAUUCUUUCUUUACUACGGACUCCGUCGAGCUCAGCGUCCUUUUCGUGCCAACUCUCUCACCUACCACUGCCGACGUGUCCUCCGUCGAGAAUGGGUCUCCAGUUGACCUGGAGACACACAAGGGGCUCACGUCUGCAGACGCUGGCUUCUGUGUCAUUGCCUGAACUAUCUGUCCUGACACCCCUCAGUUUUAAACUUCGCGGGGGUUUGUGUUUUACAAUCGUUGGCUCGUUUUGAAUCGCAUCGUCUCUAUCAGCUCGAUUGCUUCGAUAUUUCCCGGCGCCCAUACCUACACUCACUCAUCCUCUCACCAGUCCCAUCUUUCUCUCACAAUCAAGCAAACUGUUUCCGUAACCAUUUCUCAUCUGUCAUUGGAUAUCCUGUAUCACUAUCAUUAAAACUAAAUUAUGUACUACGUGCUCUUGCAGAAUAGCGUAAACUGUGAUUGACCGAUCCCCGAACCACGAUUGCGCGUUCAUCCCGGUGCCAUCGACAACCGGAG